AGUAAUAGGAAAAUAAAUACCGAGUUAAAAAUGCUUAACGAGGACACGUGCGGAGCGAUUCAUAAUUUACCGGAGACCCAACGAUGUAGAUUUGUGGAAACCAAUCAGGAUUGUCUGUCUAACAUGAACUUGAUCAACUACCUGAGCUGGCAUUACUGCAAAGUGGAUGUUCGAAGCAGUUUCAAUGCCUUUUGGAGUGGACUCGGAAUGACCCUGAUACUAAUCUACGUCUUCUGGAUGAUGCAGUUGGCGGUACACCACUACUUUUGUCCCACUUUGAAGGUAAUCACGGAUGCAUUUAGGUUGAACGAGAGCACCGCUGGAGUUACAGUGCUGGCCAUUGCCAAUGGAUCACCAGAUCUAUUCACUGCCAUUGCUUCGAGGCUGCAGAGCUCCAAGUACGCCUUCCUUUCGUGCAUGUCGCAGACCAUGUUCCUCCACAUCUUUGUCGCCGGAAUGGUGAUCCUGACCAAGCCCUUUAACUAUGAGCCCAAUUACUACAUGCGGGAUUUUGGCUUCCUGUUCUUGAACACCGCCUACAUGGACUAUAUCCACAAGCGACCCCAAGGAAUUAACUGGGUGUCCGCCUUACCCAGUCCCUUCAUCUUUGUGGGCUACGUUGUGGUGGCCGUUAUCGACCAGCAUUUGCUAAUGGCACGCAUUCGAAAACUGGAGCGAAAACGUAUAACUCUCAAUGAGGCAUUGCAACUGGAGGAACUGAAGCCGCAGACGCAGUUGCCACUGAAGCGCCAGGAAAUCGAUUGGACAUCCAAACAUCAGGGUAAGCGAAAUCGGCGAAUUUUCCGACAAUUCUGGAACACGGUCGCCGAGUUCGACACGGAUCGCUUUCGCAGGGGAACCCUGAUGGUGAAGGUCUACCUGGUGGUCAAGCAGCCCAUCGAUAUGGUGCUCCGAAUCCUCAUCCCAGUGGUGGACAUGGAGAAGCCCCUCUACGGAUGGUCCAAGCUGCUCUUCAAUCUGCAACUGAUUCUCGUUCCCACCUACAUUGCCUACAUAAUUGUUCGGGGAUAUAACAUUGCGGGCAUCGCCGCCUAUCUGCUCAUCCUCAUGACUAUGGUCCCCGUUUCCAUCUUGAUAUUUUUUGUCACGCGCACCGACACCCCGCCCAAAUUCUUCAGGUUUACAUCUGGAAUGGGUUUCCUGGCUACCAUUUUCCUGAUCUUCUGCUUAACCACUGAGGUGAAUGCCAUGUUCUUCACACUAGCCACCAUAUUGAAAGUGAGCCAGGAGUUUUCCUUGGCAACUGCCGUAUGCUGGGCCUUGAGUAGCAACGAUUUGGUGGCCAAUCUUUCUCUAGCUCGUCAAGGAUGGCCUCGCAUGGCAUUCACGGCCACCUUUUCAGCACCUGUAUUUGGAUCCUUUGUGUUUCUGGCCCUGCCACUGGUGGUUCAAUCGUUUGUGAAUGCACCCAAAAAUAUAAGCGUUUCGGAGGGCGGUUUCGGCGAGACGGUGUGCAUCUUCGUGGAGGUUGGAAUGUGCUUCUCAAUGCUCUCCGCCCUCACCACAAACUUCAAUAUGCGACGAGCUUGUGGUUUUCUGUUGGUUUUCUACUACAUCUUCUUCCUGGGAGUUCUAAUUCUUCUGGAGAAGGGCGUUAUCCACGCUUAUGGCGUGUGAAAGGGUUAACAAUAUGUGCCCCCACGCCAUGCCCAUCAAAUAUGCAAAUUCCCUAGAUGAUUUAUGUCUCAUUAAAUGGCCAAUUUCAUUCUUA